AUGAAAAGACAGGACCUCGAAUUAGUAUUAAAACAAUUUGGACUUACCGAUUUUUUUCACGACAAAAUAACCUUAAAUGAUGUUAUAAAGAAGUCAAUAAAACUUAAGAAAUUAGAUAAACUAGAAGACAUACCAUGGGAAUACCUGUCACAAAUUCUAAUGGCUAACCCCGAUUCCCGUGACAUAGGAAUUCAAAAGCAGUAUUCUAUUUGUAAGCUUAAGGAGCAGGAAAAGAGACUUUCAGUGAGGUUGCCCAGUUGUAAAAGUACAAAUACCUCAGAUUUAGGUGAAACCGAAAAUUCAAGUGAUGCCUAUGAUCCACUGUUUAGCAUUGUGUGUAAAUCUAGUCAACAAGAAGAUCCUGAAAGCUCUGACGAAGUAAGUCCACAAGAUAUUGUGUUUGCAACUAUUUUAUGUUGUAGUCCAUUUCUCCAACGACUGAUUGUCAAUAAAAUGAAUUUAUGUCGUCUCGCUCUUCCCUUUAUCUUUCGUACACAUGAAGAAAUCGUAAUGUAUCUUUUAUGGCCAUAUAGAAGUCUUUUAUGCGAGCGUAUAGAUGGAAAUGGAUUGAAAUAUGAGGAUACGUUAGUUGAUCAACCUAAUAAAAUUAUAACUUUUUUGCGCUUUGGAUAUUCAUCGACAUCAAAAUCAGAAACAAUCAAUCGGAUUCUUUCCGACAAAACUCAAAACACAUUCUAUCAUCGAAAUUGUCCACUAGGAUACUCUAAGCGUGUCCUUUGUAAUGAUGCGGUAGAAAUAUCUUGGUUCUGUCCAACAGGUCGAGAAAUUGAUGUUCUCAAAGAAACUUUAGCAUUUCUCAAUGUAAGAGGGGAUGGUUUAAAAAAUGAACCGCACAUACAGGCUGUGAUGGGAGUUUCUAAUGUUGUAAUUGCAUUUAUAGACUCUUGUGUUCUACAAAAUAAUGAUGAGAUAAUAAAAAUAAUGAGCGUUAUUCAUGAGAAAAACGUUCCAGUAGUCUUCGCUUUGGAUGCAACUAGCCAUUCUACCAAUGCAUUAAAGAAUAUCAUGAAACGCUAUAAAGAACAGACUAAUGUUAAUGAUAAUUUACUCAGAAUAAUAAGACUUUCGUCAAAGAAAACUAAAAGAAGUCUUGCUGAUAUAUUGCAGAAUUUCAGAGAGAUUAUAUCUGAUUUGCUCCAAUUAACCAAAAUGGGAAAAUCAAUGAUAGAUUGCGUGUCUAUAUUCACAGACUUUAAAAUCGAAUGUGAUGAAGAUACCACACACUGUAAAAAUGCAGAACAGAAAACAUGUCAAAUAAUGAAAAAUGUAGAAAAAUUACCAAAAAAAGAAAUUCUCCAAUUGCAAGAUAAAUUGUGGACGGAAUGGUCUUUAAAACAAAAGGAGUACAACAGAGCAGGAACAAAUUUACUGUAUAAAGACAAAAAUAAAGUAGAAAAAGAAAUGCGAAAACUAAGGGAACAACAGAAUAUUAUUCUAAGCAAGAUGUCACCAGUAUUGGAGAACAUUUUUGAUAACAUUAUUAACAUAUUUGAAGCAAAACAGAAAGACAGUAUAAACUAUUUUCUAUAUUAUCUCCAACAAAAGCUAGAUAAAUACUCAAACAAAGUGCUGCCACAACUCAGUAGAGAUUAUCAUUUUAAAUGGAAUGAAUGGAAAACUGCUUGUGAAAAUGGAAUAAAAAACAAUACAAUAGAAUCACUUAAACAAUCAGUUGAUAAAGCUGAAAUGAAGCUUUCACAGUCAGCUUUCGGAAUAGAACACAUCAUUAGAGAGUUUGGACAAAUGUAUGAGGCCUCAGAAGAAAUCAACAAUGCAAAUAUCCGAUGUAAAGCAAAUUUUAAAAUACAAAAAUUACCUGAGGUAGUAGCGCAUCUGAUAUUACAAGGUCUUGCAUUUGAGAUAAUGGAUGGCGAUGCUGCAAAUAUUCCCAUUUCGUGGAUAUCCUCCGUGUUUUUGCAUCUCCAAAAAAUAACUAUUAAUAAAAAGUUGUUGACAAUAUCUAUUCUUGGAAUACAAAGUUCAGGAAAAUCAACGUUGUUGAAUUGUAUGUUUGGUCUUGAGUUCCCUGUUAGAGCUGGUAGAUGUACCCGAGGGGUAUUCAUGCGGUUGAUUCCAGCUCCGGAAGAUGAUUAUCCUUUUGAUCAUAUACUUGUUGUUGACACAGAAGGCCUAAGAGCUCCUGAACUAGGAAUGCAAAAAUACGAUCAUGACAAUGAGCUAGCAACGUUUGUUAUUGGUAUAGGAGAUAUAACUAUCAUAAAUAUCAAAGGCGAAAACACCAGUGAAGUUCAAGAUGUUUUACAAAUCGCGGUGCAUGCAUUUAUGAAGUUGGUUUUAGUAAAUAGUAGAAUACAGCUUCAACAAUCUUGUAUUUUUGUUCAUCAAAAUGUAUCUGUCACUGAUACAAAAAGUAAGUUAGUUCAUUCGACACAAAAAACCGUUGAAAGACUGGAUAAAAUUACUAAAGAAGCCGCUGAAACACUUCAUAUAUCAAAUAUACAAACUUUCAACCAGGUUAUUCAAUUUGAAAGCAAAAAUGAUAUAUGGUACUUCCCAGACCUAUGGUAUGGAGAUCCUCCCAUGGCCUCAACAAAUUCAGGAUAUAGUAAAAAAGUAGAAGAUCUACGUUAUGCAAUUUUAACAAAAGCAGCUAAAAGAAGUGGCCAUUUGAAUAUUUCAGAAACGAGCCAGCGUAUACACGAUCUUUGGAAAGGAAUAUUUUCGGAGGAUUUCGUGUUUUACUUCAGAAAUACUCUUGAAAUUAAAGCUUACAUCAUAGUUGACACUAAAUUUCAAGAAUUUUCUUCAAAACUCAGAACGAUCAUGUUUAACUAUUAUCAAAAUGAGGUCAAAGGAAAACUUGCUACAUGUCAGGAAACUCAUGAACUUGAUCUAACGUGCAGGAAAUGUAUACACGAAUUUCGUAAGGUAGUUUUGCAUGAACUUCAAAUGAAUAAGGAUGAGCUUGAAUCUUAUUUUGAUAAGAGUCCUCAAAGGGAUAUUUUAGUUAAGUGGAAAAACACAACACUGAACAAAUUGGAAAAUUUCACUGAAACUUGUAUUUUCAAUGAAACUAAAGAUAUAGAAAAGAAAAAAGAAAUGUAUCGAUUAGAUUUGCUUGGUACUAAAACUUCACUUGAAAAUGAUAAAAAAGAAAUCAAUCAACGAGCUAAAGAACUCGCUGUGGAGAUGAAAGGAAAAAUGUUGAAGAAAUAUCAACUUAAAAAGGAGUUUGACUCGAUGAUGAAAAAAUGGAAAGAAAGACAUAUUCCCCCAACUGAUGAAAAUGAGUUAACAUUAAAUGAUCAAGUGAAAGAAAUAAUGUUUCAGCGAUUAAGUACAAUAGGGGCAUAUUUAAAAGAGGUUGACAUUAUUAAAACAAUUUCUUAUAAAACCAUGGGGUCUUUAUCUGAAAGCAUCAAACUCGAACAUAUCCUUGAUAAGCACAUCAGUAUAUCAAGCUUUCUGCAUAAUGGUAGUAUGAAAAAUAAAGACUUUUCAAUUUGCGCAAAGAAAACACUACAAGUUACAGAGAAUAUUUUUCUUAAGGCUGAUGUUUCGGUUGAGAAAAAGGUCGGACUAGAUGAAAAGUUCAAUGGUGUUUUCAUAACUGAACUUUUAGAUAUCAUUGUUGGUGAAAUAGAUACAUUCAACAGUCGUAAAAACAAACACUUUAACAUUCUUGAUACAUACAAAGCGUUCAUAGCGGUGCACGUGUGUAACUAUGCAAAAACCGUGUACAAUCAAAUGAACGAUAGAUAUGAAGUAAGGCAUGGCUGGAAAGCAAAAUUUGAAGAGCACGAAAAAGUUGUCUGGGGUAUAUUUCAACAUACUUUUGAUGAGAAAGCCACAGAGUAUAUUUCCUCUACACUCUUAAAAGACGAUCUGGUACAAACAGCAAUCAAUCAAAUAUCAGAGGUUAUAUCAGAAGACGUAAAAAAAAUUAUUCGAGGUGAAAUCGGAUCAACAAAGCAUGCUUUAAUAACCUUAAUUCUAGAUUCUCUUGCUAACACGGAUUCUUUUACAUCUAUUCGUUCUUAUAUUCAAUCAUCAAAAGAUUUUGCACAAAAGUGGCUGUUCAACUUUGCAAAAACUAAACUGUUUGAAACAAAAUUUGGAAGUGAGAAUGGGUAUUGUAAAAUUGCAAAUGAGCAUAUUCAAAGAAUAAUGAGAAAUUUCUCUGAAAGUAUAAUAUUUGCUACUGAAAACACCAAAAACAACAAUGCACAUACAUGGCUUGCACAUUUUUCAAGUAAUAUGUGUUCCUCGUUACCAUCGAUCGAUCCAGGUUUAAGAAAUGUAUACGCAGAGCUUUGUCCAAAAAGUAAUAUAGCAGACUUCGUCGACUUUGUUAAGACAGAGACCAAAACAAUGGAAAGGAUGAUUUUAGCUGAAUUCAAGUCUAAAACUCCUAAAAACAUUUCAUGGUGUGGCGGCAAUCCGAUAGAGAAAUUGUUUACGGAGCUCUGGGGAUGUGACAAACAUUGUCCGUUUUGUCACGAACCAUGUCAGUUUACCAUGAUAGACCAUUUAGAUCAUACACCACAUAAAUGUCUUCAGCAUAGGCCUCCGGCUCUUGUUGAUGUGUACGAUGAAGAAUCAAAAGAGCUUUUUCUUGAGGUGUGCAAUUUUACAAUUAAGGAUGGAACGAGAACGUUCAAUUGCCACACUUGUGAAAAAGAAUGUCGAAAAUCUGGUCAAUGCAUAGCAAAAGAUGAAGAUGACGACGUUUACCAUUCAUUCAGAGACUACAAAAAGUAUAUACCUAAUUGGGAUAUUGCACCUGAUAGUACAUUGCGUUCCUCGGACUAUUGGUCAUGGGUUAUAGCAACUUUUAAAGACAAAAUAAACAAACUUGAUGACGAUUUCAAAUUACCAGAAAUACCAGAAGCAUGGACAAGGUUAACAAAAAAACAAGCGAAAGAUUCUCUACGGUAUUAA